AUGAAAGUGAAAUGGACUAAGCUGGGUCUGGUCUUCUUCCUGCUGCUCUCUGUCGUCAUGACAGCCUGCUUCCUCUGGCAAUACAGACAGCCCAAGCUCCGCACGGUGGAGGAGUUCAUGGUGAACGAUGCCCCAGAGGAGGAGAUGUGUCCUCGCUUCCCAGAGCCGGUGCCCCUGCAGCACCCCAUCCCCAUCCUCAAGGAAGCCCUGGAGAAGGUGGAUGGACUCCUGAGACAAAAUAUUAAUGCCACUCGCCUACCAGCCAUCUCUGCCAUAGUCAUCUUCAAUGACUCUGUGUUGUGGAAUGGCCACUUUGGGAGAAGAAAUGCAAGUGAUCCAUACUCCGCACCACCAAAUGAGUACACAAUGUACAGAAUCGCUAGCUUGUCGAAGAUAUUCCCUGCAAUAAUGCUGUACAAGUUGUGGGAAGAGGGCAAGGUGGCCUCUCUUGAUGACCCGCUUGAGAAGUAUGUGGAUGAUUUUACCAUAAAGAACCCACUGGGAAAGAGCGGACCCCAAGACUCUGACCCCAAGGCCAAAGCAGAUGGAUCCGCUGGAUCCGCUAACAAACUGGAGAGGAAGGCCGGCACCUCCUCAGUGACCCUGCGGAGGAUGGCCAGCCAGCUUUCUGGAUUACCCAGGCGCCUCAGGUCAACCACCUUACUCUGGCGAGGUAGCACCCAGGCUGCCAUCGGGUUACUUCAAGAUGACGUCCUCGUGGCAGACCCAGGAACCAAAUGCCACUACAGCAACCUGGCCUUCUCUCUAUUGGCACAUGUCUUGGCGGAGAAGGUAGCGGGCACCAAGUACCAGCGCUGGGUCACCGAGAACGUCCUGAACCUGCUGGGCAUGGAGGACACGGGCUUCGACAUCACGCCGGAGGUGCAGAGCCAAAUGGCCGUGGGGGUCUACGCGAGCGGUCAAACGGCGCCGCUGUACGACCUGGGCUGGUACCGUCCCUCGGGCCAGAUGUACUCCACGGCGGCAGAUAUGGCCAAGCUGGGCAUGGCGCUGCUGGGCUCGUACACGCGGCGGCUGCUGCUGCCCGACACGCUCAAGACCAUGCUGACGCCCACGUUCCGCUGCGACAAGGGCUACUUCGCCAACCAGACGGGCACGCCGUGGGAGGUGAACGACCAGCUGGGCUACGAGGUGGUGCGGAAGGCCGGCGAGCUGGACGGCUACUCGGCCUCCUUCUCCUUGGUGCCGCGCCUCAAGCUGGGCCUGGUCAUCCUGAUGGCCGGCGCCAAGCCCAAGGACGAGGACUUUGUCUCCAAGACCUACAGCUUCCUCAUCCCAGCCCUGGAGAAUGCCUUCCGGGAGGCCCCCCGAGUCCUCAAGCCUCCCCCCAGCACGAGCCCGUACGAGGGGUUCUUCACCUACGGCAACAUGACGUUCUACGAGAUAAGGGCCGGGGAGGACGGCGUUCUAAUCAUGCAGCAGUUCGGCCCACAGCUGGACACCAUGGUCCCAGCGAAGUACAGGACUAUCAGGCUCAGUUACCUGGAGGACAGGGUGUUUAGGGUCGUGUUUGAGAAGGAGUACCCCUGUGUUCUGAGAGUCAAUUCGGCCUCGGUCUCCCUGGAGAACCAAGACAGGCAACUUUUCAAUUUUUACUCUUUCAACAGAAAGGGGCUCUCACCUGGCUUUGAUGCCCCUGGACUCAACACCUACAGGGUUGUCAGAAUUCCUCGUAAGCCAUUUUUCUCGAAAUAA